UCAAUUCUUUUAACUGUACAAUAUCUUAUCUCUAGGUUAUCAGCUGUUUUGUGAUAACCAUUGAAUUGAUGAGAACUUUAUGGUCCCUGUGCCAGUUUAGAUUAGAUUUCACUCAUUUAAGUGUAUACCUUCGUCAUGAGCAGACGAAUACCGUGAAAAUGCGCCUCGGCAGUGCUUGGUUAAUGGCCAGCUUGUGGCUAUUUUCUAAUUUUCACCAGCCACAUGCAGCCGAUAUUUUGGGAAUUUUUCCGUACUGCCAAGCUACACCUUUUCUAGUGGUGCGGCCAUAUUUGAUUGCUCUAAGGGACCGAGGACACAAAAUAACAGUAAUCACACCAGAAGAAAUGCUUGAUGACAUUGAGGGAAUCCGGCACAUCAAGGUUCCCAUGCUUAAUAAGCUCGUACAAGAUGUGAUUGAUUAUGAUCUUCUCGAUGACUUUUUUGUAAGCAAAUGGUCGGAAUCCUUGAUGAUUUCCAAUAUAUAUAAGAACAUGUCUCUAGCAAUCCUCAAGGACGAUUCUGUUCAAAAGAUGUUAAGCAACAAGAAAGUCCGCUUUGACAUGGUCAUCUUGGAGCCAAGCCACAUGGAUGCCCAAUACGGCUUUGCCGAGUUUUACAAUGCCACAUUGGUGGGAUUUUCGGCAGUGUACACCGAUUGGUACAUAGAAUUUCUUGCUGGAAAUUCCGCUCCGACUGUCUACGAUCCCGUUUCGCCCUUAGGAUAUUCCCUGGACAACUCUCUGAUGAGCAGGUUCUUCAACUGGAUCUACAUUACAGAAGAGCUUCUGCUGGAUCGAUUGAUACACCAACCAUCUCAGCUUGCCAUCUUUAAAGACGUAUUUGGGUAUUCGACCAAACAAUUGGACAACCUCCGCUCCAGCUUCUCGGUAAUAUUAAUCAACAAUCACUUCAGCAUGGGACGGGUUCGGGCCAACGUUCCUAAUCUCAUUGAGGUGGGAGGACUGCAUUUAAGUGAGCCCCCAGAGCCUUGUGAUGAGGUCUUGCAGCGAUUUUUGGACGAGGCUGAGCACGGGGUCAUUUACUUUUCGUUGGGAAUGGAUAUUAUGAUAAAAUACCUGCCGCUCGAGACACAACAACCAUUGCUGAAAAGCUUUGCCCAAUUAAAGCAGAAGGUUAUAUGGAAAAAUGAAUUGUUAACUAUGCCCAAUAAGUCGGAUAACAUAUAUGUAAUGCCCAAGACUCCGCAGAGGAGGAUUUUGGAGCACCCCAACGUCAGGCUGUUCAUCACUAUCGGUGGUAUACUAAGUGUCACAGAAGCGAUUGACAGCGGCGUACCAAUGCUGGGACUGCCACAAUUUUACGACCAAAUUGGAAAUAUGCAUCGAGUAGAGCAGGCCGGCAUGGCCAAGGUUCUAGACGCGUACUCAUUGACCGCAGAAUCUCUAACCAGCACUAUUCUGGAGCUGAUAGAAAACCCUAAAUAUGCCGCCAAAGCCAAGAAUAUGUCACAGAGCUUCAGAGACCGGCCGAUGAGUCCGCUGGACACUGCCGUGUGGUGGACAGAGUACGCUCUUCGACAUCCCGACGUCAGACACAUAAGACUUAAUGAGGAUGACAUUUCAUUCAUUCGGUACUACAGGUUAGAGAGUUUGCUGUCCAUUGGUCUUCGUUUUGGAUUCAUUAUUGGAAUAGUAACCUUGUUGGGCUAUAAGUUGGCCAAAAAGUAUAAUCGUAGACAAGAAAGAAUACGAGUGUUUAAAAUGAUAAGAUUGCCAAUAAAGUAAAAUACGACAAAAA